AUGCUUACUCGAGGGCCAGCAGCGUGUGUCAUCUUGGAUCUAAUCCCUACACCCGAGAAUAGAGCAUUGGCAAAGAGAAGUCUGAAUAGCUCUUUCUUCGACGUGGUCCUUACUGGUGCUAAGCAUGCUGUCCCAUUUCCCAUUGCCAAAAACUUGGUCCAGAAGAACCCGCACAAGUACAAGACGUAUCCAGAUACGCCACCUUCAUCUCCACAAUUAACACCAACACUAUCACCAUCCCAAUCUCCUCCUCCGAUGUUUGAAUCUAAAUCUGAAUCCAAGGCUGACAGCAGCCCCAUGAGUAAGUUGACAUUGCUGGUGAAUGAGCGGCUUGGAUUGACUUUUGUCACCUUGAUAGACCAACAUGAUAAAGUUAUAGCUGACACUCCGGCAGAAAAUAUCAAAGCAAACAACAAAGGUGUCGAUAGAGUCAUGCAAGAAAGAGACACAGUGGACAAGAACAACCAAACAGCAUCAAACAAUGCAACUACAUCACAAGACACCAAGCCAAACAGCAAACCACGCAACUUGAUAACUGCAUUGAGAGACAAUCAAUCUACCAUUAUACGCAUAGCCAAGGCUCUGUUUAUGAGACGCCAUAAAUGUGGUAAUACGCAUCGUCUUGUCUAUGCCACGGAUCAGUUCAUCUAUGAUGUGUUGGACAAGCACAUCCCUAUUUCAAGAAUCUGGACACUUGAUAAGUUGGUCAAAGCCUUGAAAGACGAUGAGGAUCAUUUCCAGGGCUACGACCAAAUGACUAGUAUGCGAAACAUCAGGCUUCUCUGUAUGGUCAAGGAAAGGUGCCAAUCUCGCACUGUUAAAAAGGUGUUGUUUCACUCAAUGCCAAACUUGUGCACAUACUUUUAG